UAAUUUUGCGAAAAUUUAUUGUAAUGGUGGUUUUUGUAAACGAUUAGCGAAAUAGCCUGUAUUUUUAUUUGUUUAUAAUUGAUUAGCAUUUUUACGUAUUAAUUCGUGUCGGGGCUGCGGCCGUAUCAUGCUUACAUGUCUGAAUUAGCAAAGACGCCUGUUUUAGCCGAAGAAGGCUCAAAUCAGUGUAGAAAACGUUCUUUACCCAACAGUGAACAGUGUAGCAAAAGAAUAAAAUCGGACGAUAUGAAUGUCAAUGAGAAGAAAUCAAACUUUUCUAAAACUAGAACAAUAAAGUUAACAUCGUCAUCGAUGAACAAACCAGGAGCUACAACAAAAAAGCUAAUUAUAAAGAAUUUCAAAAGCACACCGAACCUUCCAGAGAACUAUCAGGAAACGACAUGGAGCAAGUUAAAGGAAGCCGUGAUCGCCAUCCAGACCUCAAAGGCUAUAGAUUAUUCUCUAGAGGAGUUAUACCAGGCAGUUGAGAAUAUGUGCAGCCACAAGAUGGCCUCGCAACUGUAUGUGAAUUUAACAAACCUGGUAGAAGCUCAUGUGAAGGCCAACAUCGAGCAGUUCCUGUCGGAGAGCAUGGACCGGCAGGUGUUCCUCAAGCGCAUGGACGACUGCUGGCGAGCGCACUGCCGACAGAUGAUCAUGAUACGCAGCAUCUUCCUCUACCUCGAUAGAACCUACGUCUUGCAAAAUCCUAGCAUACACUCUAUUUGGGACAUGGGUCUAGAUUUGUUCCGGCAUCACAUAGCAAUGAACACACUGGUGCAGACGCGCACGGUGGACGGUCUGCUGGUCAUCAUCGAGCGGGAGCGCGGGGGCGAUGCCGUUGACCGCUCCCUGCUCAAGAGUCUUCUGAGGAUGCUCUCUGACUUGCAGAUCUAUCAGGAGGCUUUUGAACACAAAUUCCUGCAAGCCACAGAGCGUCUCUACGCGGCGGAGGGGCAGCGGCUGAUGCGCGAGCUGGCCGUGCCCGAGUACCUGGCGCACGUGGAGAAGAGACUGCGCGAGGAGAAUGAGAGGCUGCUGCAUUAUCUGGACCCUUCCACCAAAUGGCAGCUAGUCCACACAGUAGAGCGGCAGCUGCUAAGCGAGCACCUGGCGGGCAUCCUCAGCAAGGGACUGGAGUCACUGAUGGACGGACCUCGGCUGGCUGACCUGACUACACUGUAUAACUUGUUCAGUAGGGUCAAGGAUGGCCUUAAUGAGCUGUGCAGCCAUUAUAACGCUUAUAUUAAGAAGAAGGGUCGCACGAUAGUGAUCGAGCCGGAGCGCGACAAGACGAUGGUGGCCGAGCUGCUGGAGUUCAAGGAGCAGCUGGACCACAUCGUCACCACCUGCUUCCAGAGAAAUGACAAGUUCCUGUACAGUAUGAGGGAGGCCUUCGAACACUUCAUCAACCAGAGACAGAACAAACCCGCUGAGCUUAUUGCCAAAUUCGUAGACGUGAAACUGCGCGCAGGCAACAAAGAAGCAACGGAAGAGGAGCUAGAGCGCCUUCUAGACAAAAUAAUGGUUCUCUUCCGAUUCAUCCACGGAAAGGACGUUUUUGAAGCAUUCUACAAGAAGGAUCUGGCAAAGAGGUUGCUGGUUGGCAAGUCGGCCUCCGUGGAUGCAGAGAAGUCAAUGUUGAGUAAAUUGAAGCAAGAGUGUGGCGGUGGCUUUACGUGUAAGCUAGAGGGCAUGUUUAAAGAUAUGGAGUUGUCGAAGGAUAUCAAUAUUACGUAUAAGCAGCACCUGCUAGCCUCCGGCGAGUCGUCCAACCUCGAGCUGUCAGUCUACAUAUUAACCGCGGGGUUCUGGCCGACGUACGGCGCGGGCGCGGCGCGGCUGCCGGCCGAGCUGACGCGGCAUCAGGAGCACUUCUCCAAGUUCUACCUGGCCAAGCAUAGUGGACGGAAGCUGCAGUGGCAGCCGACGCUCGGGCAUACCGUGUUGAGGGCUGGGUUUCCGCAGGGUAACAAGGAGCUGCAGGUGUCGCUGUUCCAGGGGCUGGUGCUGCUGCUGUUCAACGACGCCGACUCGCUCAGCUACGAGGAGAUCAAGACUGCCACUAACAUUGAGGACGGUGAACUCAGGCGCACACUACAAUCCCUGGCGUGUGGCAAAGCUCGCGUGCUCACCAAGACGCCUAAAGGACGAGAGGUGGACGCCGCCGACCAGUUCAACUUCAACGCCGAGUUUACGAACAAGCUGUUCCGGAUCAAGAUUAACCAGAUACAGAUGAAGGAGACGAGCGAAGAACAGAAGGCGACGGAAGAGCGCGUGUUCCAAGACCGGCAGUACCAGAUCGACGCGGCCAUCGUGCGCGUCAUGAAGAUGCGCAAGCAGCUGUCGCACAACCUGCUCAUAUCUGAGCUUUAUAACCAACUCAAGUUCCCCGUCAAGCCGGCAGACCUGAAGAAACGCAUAGAAUCGCUCAUCGACCGCGACUACAUGGAACGUGAUAAGGACAACCCCAACCAAUACAACUACGUCGCGUAGUCCACCCGACACUCACACCUCCUUGCUCACAGAGAAUGCGACCGGCCAGUACGAACGUAUGCAAAUUUUUUUAAACAAAGGCUUAUUCUGAGAUUCCAUAGACAAUAUAACUUUUUAAAAUUUUCAGCCAGCUAGCACAUAAUAAUAAGGCCAAACUGUAAACCUAAGGACGAAAUUGCAUACUUUUUCGUAACUGGGUCAGAUAAGUUGGUGGUACCGUAGUAUUUGUAUAACGAUGUAGACGGUUAAAAUAAUAAUGAUUUUAUGUGUUUGCCGUGGAUCAGUCUGUUGGCAAUUAUUUCUUCGGAAUUCUGUGAUUGAUCAAUAAUUAAAAUGCAAUACUAGAACGGAGCCAGUUAUGAUGAAUAUCAAUGAAGUGGCAAUGGACAGAAGAUAACUUUUCGCUAUAAUUAAUUCCUAAGAAUAAUAAUUACACUAGAUAGCGUGUGAUAUUAGAAAAACGAUCAGCGACCCUCGCUUUAUGUUUCUUUUCACUUUCUGUGUUAAUAAUUUGUAUAAAGUUGUUCCCAAGAUUACGGAAUUCAUAUGAAACCCGCGAUUUUUUCUAUUGCAUUAAAUAAGUAUUGUGCAAUAGGUACAUAACAAUGUUUCCCGGUUGUGUUGUUUUAUUUAUAUUAUGAAAUAGAGUCGUCAGUUUAAUUUUGGAGGGAUCACUAAUUAAAGACUAUUUAUAAUUUUA